CUCACUCCAAUUAUUACCACCCGAGAUCUGAUAUACCUACGUCUCUUGAUGCAUCGUCAGCCUCAGCUUGCCCAUGCCAACGUUGCAUCACCAGAAUCUUGACUUGCAGAAAGAGUGGCGACGACGACCUGGAAGCGACCAUCAAGAAACGAGAAACGUGCCCACGCCGACUACCGGUACCUCACUACAACUUGACCAACCUGACCACCUGUCCUGGCCCACUCGCAUUUGACAAGACGGCUUGGAUAGCGGCCGUAUCUGGAUACUACGCGAGUUAACGUCGCCGUCCUAUAAUCUCUCUCGCCGUACCAAGGUCACGACCUCGUCUACCUGAUUGUUACAAACGAUGCACCCAAUGCACUGAGCAACGACAGCCACAAGCAGUAUAAGCAGUAGAACCAACACUACUGUUGGGCCCUGUCCCUGCCCUCCCUUUCCUCCUCUCUUCCUCGUCUUCUCCAAUAGCGACUACACUCAGCACCCACGCAUUUCUCCCGGCUAGUAUCUGUUCGAAAACAAUGCCCCCCAUCGACCGCAAUGAUUCUAUCUCGCCCAUGACCAAGAGCGCCGGGGAUGCUUCUCUAUCCUUGGAUCAGCUCGACAUGUCUACUGCCCCCGCUCGCCGUUCCGUUCCAGUGCGCGACAUGCCUGUAUCCCCCUCUCAGUUGCUGGAGCUAGCCGAGCGCUUCAGGCUUGAAGGAUUACACGACGAUCCGGAGCAUGAACCUCACGAUCCUGCUUCACCCCAGCGUGACCCGACCCCAACCACACCAGAGCGCUUUUCGCCUGUUCAGCUGCCUCUUUCAAGACGACCUCACCCUGUGACCUCCGUACCCGCUCAUGAUGAUGGUGUGCUCGACGAGCCUACGUCACCAGGUCGGCGCAGCGUGCAAUUCGCUGGUACCGACACCGUUGUAGAGCCCCCAAGAUUACCUCACUCGAGACAGGCCUCGUGGGACGAUACCGAUAUGAUGGGCCGAUCUCGUGGAGAGAGAUGGAUGUCAAAGCUGAAGUCCACGCUCGGUAAUAGCGGAGUCGUUCAGCCUCCAAAAGCACCGGGCUUUACCGAAUCCGGGGCUGCCUCUGCCGGCAGCUCUCCCGUGCUUAAUAGGUCUUUUCAUAUGCCCGAUACCCUGAGCGAAGAGCAGGGGAGUGAUGCGGAUGUGGAAGAGAGCGGGGAUGAAACACAGCACAGAGACGCACCCAAGAUGAAAAAGAGAAAACGGAUGAAGCGGCGCCUUAAACAACUCGACGUUUUCACUGCCCCUAACACUCCCAGACAGCCGGACGAGUUCGGAUCCCCUGGUGUUGGUGGUCGUUUUCAGGGUCUCGUGAGACGCUCAACUAUGCCUGAUACUGCCGAGCACCGAGCUGGUUUAUCAGAGGGGGAGGGCCGCGAUCAACUAGCAAGAAGGAGGCCUGCUUGGAGACGUGGCAGUUCAUGGGUAGGUACUCAACGCAAUGGCAAUGCCACCACCGAAGACGUCGAGAGCGGCCAAAUUCGGACACCAGGUCAUCGCCGACGGAUCUCUGAGAUGUUCGGUGCCGGUGCCGGUGCCGGUCCCGGGGUUGCGACAGGCGUCGCAUCCGAUGGAGAGGCUCUCAGCGCACCGAGGAGACCUUUCUUGAGCUCUGAGAGAGCCGCAACCUUUGGCGCCCAGAGGUGGAAACAGGUCAAACACACACUCAGGAUGUUAGGCAAAAAGAAAACGGACCAAUUUGACUUUUACAAGUCGGCCGAGCUCAUUUCGGAGCUGCGCGCUGUGACACCCGCCGUUGUGAUUCUUGCUAGCAUGCUGCAGCGAGACGAACAUGGCAAUAAGCGCAUCCCGGUCCUACUCGAGCAGCUCAAGAUACGUGUCACUGAUAGCUGUCCUGAGGAUAGCACGAGUGAGAGGCAUUCUCUGUUCACGAUUUCUCUAGAAUAUGGCAACGGAAGCAGCCGGAUGACAUGGACCGUUACCCGCAGUAUUCGAGAAAUUUGGAACAUACAUUGGAAAUAUCGACUCUCACUCAAAAAUGACCGAUCGUUACCAACCACUACAACACAGCGUAAUCGGCCUAAGCAACCUGCCUUUCCCAGAAAAGCGUUUCCGUAUCUCAGGUCAUACCAGAACCGGGACGAGUCUGAUGAGGAGGGUGGAGCUCCUGGGGCUAGGGCAGACGACACUGCUGCAGAAGGCACUGCACCUGAAGGAACUGCUGGAGAGGGCACUGCAGCCGAAGGUACGGCGAGUGAUUUCGAUAGACGGCCCAAUACAGGCAGAAAGAGGUCUCGUAUGAAUAAUUUACUCCCACGCCGACAAUCUUCUGGCUUAGGAGAUGGCCGGGAAGGAUCUGGCCUGAACCCCCAAAAUGCGGCGGCCAUACAGAGGCGAUAUAUUGAAAAACAACGGAAAACCCUCGAAAAAUACCUCCAAGACAUGAUACACUGGCUCAUGUUUCGACCGGACAGCAAUCGGCUUUGUAAAUUUCUGGAGCUAUCUGCUCUAGGGGUCCGAUUGGCGGCAGAAGGAAAUUUUCAUGGAAAAGAGUGCUACCUGCAUAUCCAGUCUACGAAAGGGAUUGACUUCAGACGCGUACUAACGCCUCAGAAGGUAAUAGCGAGGCAUUCCCGUAAAUGGUUCCUGGUCCGCCAGAAUUACAUCGCUGUCGUCGAGUCUCCUGCCACUAUGAAUAUAUACGAUGUUUACCUGGUCGAUCCACUCUUUCGGGUGGAGUCUAAGAAGAGCAAGUUGAAACGUUUUGGCAAGAGAAUCAAGGGCAGCACAGAAAAGGAAAAAGGGAAUGCUGCAGCCACUUUUACCGACGAAGAGGCACUGGGAGAUCACCAUACCCUCAAAAUUUACACAGCUGAAAGAAAGAUCAAACUGUUCUCCCGUAAUCAGACCAUUUUACGACAAUUUGAACAGUCAGUCCUGGAUAUGUUAAAACAGACCCAGUGGCACGACCCUCAUAGAUUCGGCAGUUUCGCCCCUGUGAGGAGAAAUGCAUUUGCUCAGUGGCUGGUUGAUGGACGAGACUAUAUGUGGAAUGUGUCGCGUGCUAUUAGCAUGGCCCAGGAUGUCAUUUAUAUUCACGAUUGGUGGUUGAGCCCUGAACUUUAUAUGCGUCGACCAGCAUGCAUUAGUCAGAAGUGGCGGCUCGAUCGCUUGCUUCAGAGAAAGGCCAGGGAAGGGGUCAAGGUCUUUGUCAUAGUCUACCGCAAUGUGGAACAAGCCAUCCCGAUAGACUCAGAGUACACCAAGUUUUCCCUGCUUAACCUGCACGACAAUAUCAUGGUACUACGUUCACCAAACCAACUGAAGAAGAACCAGUUCUUCUAUGCUCACCAUGAAAAACUUUGCAUUGUCGACCACGAUGUGGCUUUCAUUGGUGGCAUCGACUUGUGCUUCGGCCGAUGGGAUAACCCGCAACAUCCGAUUAACGACGACCGACCUACAGGGAUGGAACCCGAUAACGAUGUACCUCGGGAUGGGGAGCACUGCCAGCUUUUCCCUGGUAAGGACUACUCAAAUCCUCGAGUACUAGACUUCUUCAAGCUAGACGAGCCCUACGCUGAGAUGUAUGACCGGAGCAGAGUACCACGAAUGCCCUGGCAUGAUAUUGCUAUGCAGGUUACUGGACAGCCUGCACGAGACCUUACGCGUCAUUUUGUCCAGCGAUGGAACUACCUUCGUCGUGAACGAAAGCCUACGCGACCAACGCCGUUCCUACUCCCCCCACCAGAUGCCAAUGAAUCCGACCUUGCUGGUCUAGGCUUGUCUGGUACGUGUGAGGUUCAGAUGCUGCGGUCGGCAGGUGAUUGGUCACUGGGUUUCCCCAAAGAUCUUAGAGAGCACAGCAUUCAGACCGCUUAUGUCAAACUUAUUGAGGAGUCUGAACACUUUGUGUAUAUGGAAAACCAAUUCUUCAUCACUAGUACCGAAACCAUGAGCACCAAGGUUGUCAAUCAUAUAGGAGAUGCCCUUGUUGAGCGCAUUCUCAGGGCACACCGAAACGACGAGGAAUGGAGAUGCUGUAUAUUGAUUCCACUCAUGCCUGGUUUCCAGAAUACCGUUGACCAAGCCGAGGGGAGUAGCGUAAGACUGAUCAUGCAGUUUCAGUAUCGAAGUAUUUGCAGAGGUCCCCAUUCUAUAUUUGGCCGUCUACAGGCUGUAGGCAUAAAUCCUGAGGACUAUAUCUCCUUUUUUAGUCUACGGGCGUGGGGUCACAUAGGCAAGAAGAAUGCGUUGGUUACAGAACAACUCUAUAUUCACGCCAAGACUAUUAUCGUGGACGAUCGGGUUGCUUUGAUCGGAUCUGCCAAUAUCAAUGAGCGAUCUAUGCUAGGCAACCGAGACUCCGAAACGGCCGCCAUCGUUCGAGACGCAGAUAUGAUGUGGUCUACAAUGGCUGGUGAACCCUAUCGCGUAGGACGAUUUGCUCACACACUCCGGAUGAGGCUCAUGCGAGAACAUCUUGGCUUAGAUGUAGAUGCCAUUACUGAAGAGGAUAGAGGGACAGCUUUCAAUGCAGAUGCCGAGUUUGAGACUGAGAUGAAUGAUUUGUAUGGUGAUGAUGAUCAACAUCUCAACGCCGAAAUCUCAGCUCAUGCUCAGUCCACCAAUCACUCUGGACAGCCGAAAUUCGGUGCUACUAGAAGCUUCAAUCACGAUACCCAAGAGCCUGAAAGCGUAAGGCCUUCAUCAUCCGCAUCUUCGUCUUCUUCUCUAUCUUCGGGCGCCUCUAGAGGCGAAUCUCUUGAACAGGACGUUCGCAUCCACCAAAAUCCCAAUCAUGCCAGAGACGUAGAAGGCUUUGGCGCAGACCAUUGGAAAGAGGCACAAGAAACGGGACGAGACCUCGGAAGCGACUCGACUGUUCUCAAUGGCCGAGAGGUUGUCCUCUAUCGAUCUGGUCAACCGGCGAGACCUCUGGGCAAGCCUUUGACUGAUAGUUCAACAGGCUCUCACGAGGAACAAGGGCCAGGGAAAGGAAAUAUCGAAUUUCCCCCCACCUCUACCCAAGGUCAAAGCCAGCUGCCCACGGGGGCGCAGCUUGUAGCUCUACCAGUAUCGGAUGAUGCAGAUAUAGGAGGUCCGGCCGUCCGAGUUGACGAAUCUGGGCGGCGCAGCUCUGAGUCUUCUAACCCAUUACUUACGGAUAUCACUCCAGCUAAGAUUGAGAAGCAUUGCAUGCGCGAUCCUCUCAGUCCCGCAUUCUGGGAUGACAUAUGGACGAGGGUAGCAAGGAACAAUACUACAUUGUACCGCCGUGUUUUUCGAUGUAUGCCAGACAGCGAAGUGGCUACAUGGAAAGACUACCACGAAUAUGACGAAUACGCCCGCAAAUUUGCAGAUAGCAUGUUUGGACAGAGGAGUGGUGAUGAUGAGACCAAGGCUCAGAUGACCGAAGUUAGUGGCGCGGCAGCGAGCAUAGCGGUUCCAGUCAUUGCAUCGGCCGGACCCGGUGUUUUGCAAACACUGCAAGAGAAAGCAAACACAGUACAAGAAGGCAACCAGACAGCCCCCGUGGCCAGUGGAGGUUUAGACGCCUUGUGCGAGAAAAUACAAUCAGCCGAUCUAGAUCAGCCGACCCAGGUGAAGCCUGGUGAUCCGAACCUUGAAACAGAGAAAGUCGGUACGAAGCAAUCUUUAGAGGCGCCGUCUCCUGUUCAAGCCGCCGGAGACGUUCCUUUUCCAACACUUGAUGGACAGGGGGGCGUGCAUGCUGAGACGCAGAAUGAUAAGAAACAGGAUCGACGUACAACCUUUUCGGCGUCGGAGAAGUCGGCACCCGCGUCAAACAUGGAGAGCACGGUAUAUAAUCAUAACUCGACGAAGCGCCGCCGACGGGCCACUACUAAGGGGAGUCGACGUGGGCCUGGGCCUAUCUUCCCGUAUGAUGUGCUCAGCCGUGAGGAUGCCGAAGAAUGCUGUAGCAUGAUCCAAGGUCACCUUGUUCAGUUCCCCUAUGACUGGCUUGAAGCCGAAGAAAAGGAUAAUCAUUGGCUAUAUCAGGCGGACAUGCUGGCGCCAAAGGAAAUUUACAAUUAAACCAUCGAACACGUCCCCCUCACAGCUGUCGCAGCCUGCUUGUAUAAGCUGUCAUGUUGCACGUCACCGAGCCUCGAACACUGUUGUAUCUCGCCUUCGACUUCAAACCCUUAUAUCCCACAUCCAUUUAUUAUUUGUGUGAAUGAUCGGACACCGCCUAUAAUUUCACCUGGCACUGACAAAAACUGUUGCGGCAAAAAGCAUUAGUUAGAUUUGCAUAAUGAUGUUGUCCGCUUGCAUCGCUUGGGCGUUGGUUACUAUCACCAUAUAUAAUAUCCCAUUGCUUCGGUAUUUGUCUUCACCUUUAAAAACAUAUAUUUCGUUUUCAGCGCAGCCUUGUUGCUAGGAAGGUUGUUGAAUCUUGCUCUGCUCUUGCUACUGUCACGUGCUGAAGCUUUGCUUUGCUGUGUGUUUCGAUGGCCUGCUAUGCAGCGUUUGAGUAAAUAGUAUUUUUAGUUAGGUACUACAUGGAGAUGAAUAUCUGCCUCGUAUAUCUUAAAUUACUCGGGUGUACUUUUAUGAUACCUGACC